AUGAUGGCGGAUGCAGCAUACCUCGCUGUUGCUUUUGAAUUGAGAAUACGGGAUGGAGAAGAUAAGAGUUCCUCUGCACCACCUCCAACAUUCGUUUCAUAUGUUUUCUUUUGA